AGGGGGGAAGAAGAAGAAGGGGGUGAACGGGGGGAGGUGUGGUUCAUGCGCCGGUGCGCCCGGCCGUGGCAGGCCCCUGCGCGAUGGAAGGCGGCGAGCUGGGUGUGGAGAAUAUGGAGACCCUGACCGAGCUGGGCGACGAACUCACCCUGGGCGAUAUCGACGAGAUGCUGCAGUUUGUCAGUAACCAGGCAGGGGACUUUCCGGAUCUGUUUUCGGAUCACUUGUGUGGCACCUUCCAGAGCAGCACCAGUGGUGGCAGCAGCAGCAGCAACAGCAGCAGCAGCAGCAGUGGCAGUGGUGGCAGUGGGACCCUGGAGCCGCAGUUGCAGCGGCCGUACAGCCAGGUGCAGCUCCAGCCCUUCCCACCACCCUCUGCCUCCCCCCAGCUCCAGAACCUGCCAGUCAAAGCAGCACAGGCAGCACCUCCAGCCCCAUCACGGUCAGCCCCUCUUCUUCAGCCUCGGCCCCCUCUCCAGCCUCAGCUCCAGCAGCAGGCCCUGAUGAUUACGCCGACCUUCAGCUCUGCUCCCCAGACCAGGAUUAUCCAGCAGCCAGUGAUCUAUCAGAAUGCAGCCACCAGUUUCCAAGUUCUCCAGCCUCAAGUCCAGAGCUUGGUGACAUCCUCCCAGGUUCAGCCAGUUACCAUCCAGCAGCAAGUGCAGACUGUGCAGGCCCAGCGAGUGCUAACACAGGCUGCCAACGGCACCAUCCAGACAUUAACACCAGCCACAGUCCAGACAGUUGCUGCACCACAGGUCCAGCAAGUUCCAGUUCUGGUCCAACCUCAGAUCAUAAAAACAGACUCCCUUGUCUUGACAACCUUGAAAGCAGAUGGCAAUCCCGUUAUGGCUGCAGUGCAGAACCCAGCGCUGACCGCACUCACCGCUCCCAUUCAGACCACAGCUCUGCAGACCCUUGUUGGGAGCAACGGGACCAUUUUGACCACAAUGCCAGUGAUGGUGGGACAAGAAAAGGUGCCUAUCAAACAAGUUCCUGGAGGUGUCAAGCAACCAGAACCACCUAAAGAAGGAGAGAGAAGAACAACUCACAACAUCAUCGAAAAGCGUUACCGGUCAUCCAUAAAUGACAAGAUCAUUGAGCUGAAGGACCUUGUCAUGGGGACAGAUGCCAAGAUGCACAAGUCUGGAGUCCUGCGGAAAGCCAUUGAUUACAUUAAAUACCUGCAGCAGGCCAACCAUAAGCUGAGGCAGGAGAACAUGGUUCUGAAGUUGGCAAACCAAAAAAACAAGCUGUUGAAGGGCAUUGACCUAAGCAGUCUGGUUGACAACGAUGUGGAUCUGAAGAUAGAUGACUUCAACCAGAACGUGCUGCUGAUGUCUCCUCCAGCCUCUGACUCAGGAUCCCAGGCUGGCUUUUCUCCCUAUUCCAUUGAUUCAGAGCCAGGAAGCCCACUCCUUGAUGAUGCAAAGGUUAAAGAUGAGCCUGACUCUCCUCCUGUGGCCCUUGGUAUGGUGGAUCGCUCUCGAAUACUCCUCUGUGCACUCACAUUCCUUUGCCUUUCCUUCAAUCCUCUGACAUCCCUCCUGGAUGCUCGAGGAACUCCAGAGUCUGACAGCCUGGUGCGCCAUGGGUCUGGCAGGAACGUGCUGACCAUUGAGUCAGAUGCGGGUAGUUGGUUUGGAUGGAUGUUGCCCACACUGAUCCUGUGGCUUGUGAAUGGAGUGAUUGUACUGAGUGUGUUCAUCAAGCUGCUUGUGCACGGAGAGCCAGUGACCCGUUUGCACUCGAGGUCAUCGGUCACGUUCUGGAGGCAUCGCAAGCAGGCAGACCUGGAUCUGGCACGGGGGGAUUUUGCUGCAGCUGCAUCAAACCUGCAGACUUGCCUGUCGGUUCUUGGCCGAGCACUGCCAGCUUCCCGCCUGGACUUGGCAUGCAGCCUGUCCUGGAACGUGAUCCGCUAUAGCCUGCAGAAGCUGGCGCUGGUGCGGUGGCUGCUGAAGAGGACUUCUCAUCAAUGGCGGGCGAGGGAGGCCACUGCGGGCUUUGAGGACGAGGCCAAGACCAGUGCUAGGGAUGCAGCUCUAGCGUAUCACAAGCUCCAUCAGCUCCACAUAACAGGUAAACUUCCUUCCAGCUCAGCCUACUCGGGCUUGCACAUGGCCCUGUGUGCCGUGAAUCUGGCUGAGUGUGCAGAAGAAAAGAUCCCACCCAGCACAAUGGCAGAAAUCCACCUGACGGCUGCGGUUGGCUUGAAAACGCGCUGUGGGGGCAAGCUCGGCUUCUUAGCAAGCUACUUCCUAAGCCAAGCUCAAAGCCUGUGCAGCUCUGAGCGGAGUGCCAUUCCCGACUCGUUGCGUUGGCUGUGCCAUCCCCUGGGACAAAAGUUUUUUGUGGAGCGAAGCUGGACAGUGAAGUCUGCUGCAAAGGAGAGCCUGUACUGUACCCAAAGGAACCCUGCGGAUCCCAUUGCACAAGUUCAUCAGGCAUUUUGUGAGAACCUGCUUGAGCGAGCAGUGGAUUCCCUUGUGAAGCCUCAGACUAGGAAAGAGGUAGCAGGACAAGAGGAAGAAGAGCCGUGUGAGUUCUCCAGUGCCAUGGAGUACCUGAAGUUGCUCAACUCUUUCUUGGACUCGAUGGGAAGUGGAGCCCCACCCUUUGCCAGCAAUUCUGUGCUCAAGUCCUCCCUGGGUCCUGACAUGGUGUGCAGGUGGUGGUCAGCAGCUGUGGCUAUGGCAAUUGGUUGGCUCAGAGGGGACGACGCAGCUGUGAGGUCACAUUUUGUGGAAGUGGAGCGCAUGCCAAAAUCCCUGGAGAUGUCAGAGAAUGCCCUGGUGAAAGCCACCUUCUACAUGUGUAAAGCCAUGCAGGUCUCCCUGUCUGGGAAGGCAGAUGGACAGCAGAGCUCCCUGGGUCAUUGUGAGAGGGCCAGCAGUCACCUAUGGAACAGCCUCAACAUGAGCAGUGGUGUCUCCGGCACCAUCCUCAGCAAUAUGAUCCAGCUGCUGGCCUGUGACUUGCUGCUCUCUCUCCGCACCAGCCUGUGGCAGAAGCAGGCGAACGCCAGCCAGGCCCUGGGUGAAACCUACCAUGCCUCGGCCCCCGAGCUGACCGGCUUCCAGCGGGACCUCGGCAGCCUGCGCAAGCUGGCCCACGGCUUCAGGCCCGCCUACCGCAAGGUCUUCCUUCAUGAGGCCACCGUGCGCCUGAUGGCGGGUGCCAGCCCUACCCGUACUCACCAGCUGCUGGAGCACAGCUUGAGACGACGCACACCCCAGAGCAGCAAACAAGGUGAACUGGACACCCUACCAGGCCAGAGGGAGAGAGCCACAGCCAUCCUCUUGGCCUGUCGCCACCUGCCCCUCUCCUUCCUCUCCUCCCCAGGCCAGCGAGCUGUCCUGCUGGCUGAGGCUGCCCGCACCCUGGAGAAGGUGGGGGACAAGCGCUCCUGCAAUGACUGCCAGCAGAUGAUCGUCAAGCUGAGUGGGGGCACGGCCAUCGCCGCCUCCUAACACUGGUGUGGGGCUGCCUCAUGCAAAGACCAUGCCUGGUCAACCAUCAGCCUGGACUUCCCUCCUUCUGGAGUUUAAGAAAAACAAACAAACAAAAAACAACAAACAAAAGUGCUAGGUUAGGGUUGUGCCAGUGGGAUUGUGAUGGGGUGGGAGAGGAGGGAGGGUUUUGUUUUGGUUUUGAUUUUUUUUUUUUUUACCUUGCCCCAGAUUUAGCUUGAUUAGCAUCCUUGCUUGUUCUCAGGCACUGCAGCAGAAAUCUGUCUAGCUGUGUUUUUUGCAACUGUGCCUGGGGCUGUUGGGAAGCACUCUAUCCUGACCCGAUGCCCCAUCCCUGCUGGGGGGAGAAGCCUGCAAGCUCAAGGAAUAGAGAAGUGGCAUGUCCCCUGUCUUGUCUUCAGGGGCAUCUUGUUCCCUUCCCAAACAUCUCUGCAGAAAAAAACCUCUGGGGAGGACAGAGGAUCUGCUCAAGCCCUGUGGGGCUGAUGGGGUCUGGGGCUAUUCCCAAGAGAGACAGGGAUGGCAGCACCAGCUUUCCUUAAGCUGUGUGUCAGGAAACCCAAGCCCUCUAGACCCAACCUUAGGGAGGUGCUCUGGGAGUAUUGUUUGGGGCCAGUACUGCCUGGCAAAUUUCUCUACAGUUUUUAUACCAGUUUUUUAUAGGAGUGUUUGUGGCUUUACAAAAAACAUAGGGAACAAUGCAGCAGAUUUCCCUUCCUCUUCACUUCAUGCAUCUCCUUCCUGUGAUCAGAGCUGCCUCCAGUUUUUGGCUGGUGGUUGAGUUUGUGGCAGCCUAUAACAAGCAGAGCUUCCUAAGAGGCCAGGGAGUCCCUGGUCUUCUGGCACCGGAUGGCAGCAGAGGUGGAUGUGCAGUGGCCUGCACUAGGCAUGAAGGGUAAAUGCUGCUCUGGUGCCUUUUUGGUGAUGAAGAAGCAAUUUUUAGAAAUGUUUUUUUAUUUUACUUGGUUCCUAGUCCCAGAACUUGCCUUCAAGUGAUUCUUCUUCCCUUUGACUGGUCAGCAGCUCCUGAGCUUCUGCAGGGACUCUGAAGCACUGGCUCAUGGUGCAGGUCUCCCAGCUCUGUUGCUAUCACUUUUCCAGAGUAGUUUGACUUGGCAGGUGUUGAAUCACCUGUGACUUUCCAAGAGGGGGAGGCAGAUCAGGGACAGGGAGGGAACGGUUUGCCCUCCUUCUUUCUGCCUUUCCUGUUGCAUCUCUCCAAAGAAUGCAAAGCAGUUGCCCUUGGACGUGGGCAAAUGUGGAAACCAGCCAUUGACAGGCAGGCAUUGCUGUUUCUCCCUGCACAUAGCUGACAUGUGCUCUGUGUUGGCAGGUUUUAGCACUCAAAUAGAGGCAGCAGCCCAAUCCUGUCCUGUCCCUGUCACCCCCAUACAGUCUGAUUCCUCCUGUAAAAUCAGAACUGGGGAUAUUUUGCAUGAAGCUUCUGCAUGUAUCCAGCUUUUGCAGAGGGGCAUGAAAGCUUUUGAGUUCCUUCUAAAAUGAGGGGGAAAAGAUGAGAUCCUGUUGUCUCGCUUUGCACGAGGUCUUUUGGCUUGUGGUAGGAGGGUUUUUGUAUUCUGUGGGAACUAAACAUAAGUAAUGCUAGUCCUAGAGUUGACUGGCUUCAAGAAGAUGGAAACUGGGACUAGGAGAAUCCUAUUUCCCAGUGAAGCCUGUUCCCAGUCACCUGAUGCCAUAGCUGUGAACAACAGCAUGGGGACCAGAAGACACUUCCAUCCUUCUCCUACUUUAUUUUGGGAAUAGCUGGUGGACCUACAGCCCUGAUGGCCAGCAGCCAGUGCAGCUAGAGGGGAGCUCACUGUUUGAGGGGAGGAGGUUGCUUUUGCAUGUCUUUGAUCAGUGCAGAGGAUACUCUGAUUUGAAUGGCAGCAGCCACUGCUGUAUCCUACAUGUGCAAAACAGCUCUUGUGUUUGCGUGGGUUUUGAUUGCCCAUCCCAAGUUUCCUGGUUUAUCAGCAAUCCUAUUUUGGGAAGGUGGAUCACAUCCUCCUACUUUUCCCUCUAAGUGGCUCUCACACAAUCUUCCUGAUCAUGUUUUUUUUUUCUAAAAUACAGGAACUCUGUGUGACAACCUCUCAGUUAUUUCCUGUUUUCGCAGAUCUCCAUGCAAUGCAUGGGAAGUUUUGUGCUUUAGUAAAAGGGGAGGUGAGGCUUUGGGAAAACAAAGCUGCUGAGACUUGACUUUGCCACUUAAUGUUGGACUGAGUCCUAGGGAAUGGGCUGCAGGGAGUACUGGCUGAGCUGGGGGUUAGAGGCUCCUGGUCUGAAACCCUGAUAUCUAAAGGCAUGAUCCACAGAGGGUCCUAGCACUGCUGACACUUCUCUUCCCUCCAGGGUAAGGGACCUUCACCCUCUUUUUCUACACUGUUCAUAAAUUUGCUGCCUAUCUGUCCCUACAACUUUUUUAUAUGUGUGUGUGUAUAUACUGUAACUUUUUUUGUUGUUGCUGUUGGUGGGUGGGAGGAAAUUGUUUUAUGGAUUAUGUGAAGAAAGUCUAUUUAUCCACAUGGAGUCUGGAGUAGGGAUGCUUUGUGAAACAAGGUGCAACUGGGGGUGGGGAGGUUCCCCAGGGAACUUAUCUGCUGUCUGAAAACCCUGUUCUAGGGCUCAUGAGCAUCUGUUACCUAAUAAAGGCAAAUGUUGCCACCAC